AUGAAUUCAGGCAAUGCAAGUACUCCAAAAGUUUUCAUUCUCUUGGGUUUCUCUGACCGCUCCUGGUUGGAAAUGCCACUCUUCAUAAUAGUGCUUGCUGCUUACAUCUGCACACUAGUGGGAAAUGUCUCAAUUAUUGUGGUAUCCAGGGUAGAUCCUCAUCUUGACAGCCCUAUGUACUUCUUCCUUUCCAACCUCUCCUUCCUGGAUCUUUGUUUUACCACAACCACCAUCCCUCAACUGCUGCUGAACCUCUGGGGCCCAGAUAAGUCUAUCACCUAUGGGGGCUGUGUGACCCAGUUUUAUAUGUUUCACUUCCUGGGAGCCACCGAAUGCAUCCUUUUAGCUGUGAUGUCCUUGGAUCGUUACAUGGCCAUCUGCAAGCCUUUGAGGUAUCCAGUUAUCAUGCACCAGCAAUUCUGUACCUUCCUAGUGGUCAUGGCAUGGCUAAGUGGUUUGGCUAACUCCUUGCUUCAGUCAUCCCUCACUAUCCAACUGCCACUUUGUGGCAACAACAAGGUAGAUGAUUUCCUGUGUGAAGUCCCAGUGAUGAUCAAGAUGUCAUGUGCUGAUACCAAAUUCAAUGUAGCUAUGCUUUCCAUUGUGGGGACUUUCUAUUCCCUGAUUCCCUUGUCACUUAUUCUUGUCUCCUAUGGGUUCAUUGUUGAUACAGUGCUCAGAAUUCAGUCCUCAGAGGGAAAGAAGAAGGCCUUUAACACAUGUAGUUCUCAUGUUAUUGUUGUAUGUCUCUUCUAUGGGCCGGUAAUUAGCAUGUAUGUGCAACCUUCUGCUACUAACUCCCAGGAUAAGAACAAACUCAUGUCCCUAUUCUACAGCUUGGUGACUCCUAUGCUUAACCCUUUUAUUUAUACUUUGAGGAAUAAGGACAUGAAAGGAGCAAUGAUGAGGCUUCUUGUCUCAUUAUACCAUCAAAGAAGAGAAUAA